AUGGAUCCUGGGUGGCAGCCUUACCAAGAUCCUUUGAUGGGCAACCCUGCGCAGUUCAGUACUGCGUUGGCAUCUCAUCCCCAGCAACUCGCCUCGAAAUACGGUCAGCCACCACAGUCACAGCCGCCCGUUGGAUACACGUACGAGACUUUCCAGACCCCCGGCACGACAUCCAAAGCCCCUUCGGCUGGCUCAAAUUCCAAAACUGUCUCCAUGGCUUCCUCCCCCACCGCCACGCCACGUACUCGGGAUUAUGUCACCGAUGCGGAUACUACCAUGGAGGACGCUGACCCGUACAACCGGGCGAAGUACCCCUCGAGGGCAAACCACAAUCGCGCUUCGUCACAAUUCCUGAAUCAAGCAGAGGAAUCAUCGGCUGCUCGCAGAUACUCUCCGGGGAAUGUCCUUUCGCCGCCGAUGUCAUAUCCCACUAGUCCUGGCAAGUCCCAAGGCUCCUAUGGAUUCCCAUCCGCACCCCAGAGUGCUUCCCGCCGGUCCCCUGCGAGACCAGAAUAUGCAUCACCACCACAAGGAUAUCAAUCGCCGCCAUCCACCCGGCCCCCUAGACUCCCUCCCCUUCAAUCCGGCGACCUCAGCCCAAACCAGUACUACCCGGCAUCCGCAUCUUCACACAUGAGUCCAGGCUUCGGUCCAGGGUCGCGAUCUCCGCGGUCCGGCUCGCUACCAUCUCAGGCCCCCCAAGUGCCCGGUCGCGGUCCCGUUCCCAAGUUCCAAAAGAUCCAGUCUGUGCAAGAACUGAAGCCGCGCAUGAAUGUACAGCCCGCAUAUCGGCGCGCCAAUCCAGAGGGUGGAUUCAUCAGCCCGCUUCAAUCGUUGACAACCCACCUCCCGGCCACCUACCGCAUAUGCAACCCUGGUUUCAACUAUGAGUCUUCGAGAAACCCGCGGCGAGUAUUGACCAAACCCAGCAAAGGGGUCAAGAAUGAUGGAUAUGACAACGAGGACAGCGAUUAUAUUCUUUACGUCAAUGACAUCCUUGGCAGCGAGGAAGCCGGUCACAAAAAUCGGUACCUCAUUCUCGAUGUUCUAGGUCAAGGUACCUUCGGCCAAGUCGUGAAAUGCCAGAACUUGAAAACGGGAGAAGUAGUUGCUGUGAAAGUCAUCAAGAACAAGACUGCCUACUUCAACCAGAGUAUGAUGGAAGUUUCUGUGUUGGAUCUGCUCAACAGCAAAUAUGACAAGAACGACGACCACCACCUGCUUCGUCUCAAGGACACAUUCAUCCACCGGCAGCAUUUGUGUCUCGCAUUUGAAUUGCUCAGUGUUAAUCUUUAUGAGCUGAUCAAACAAAACCAAUUCCGUGGAUUGAGCACUACCCUUGUCCGGGUGUUUGCCCAGCAACUGCUGAAUGCCUUGAGCUUGUUGAACAAAGCGCAUCUGAUUCACUGUGAUUUGAAGCCGGAGAAUAUUCUCCUGAAAAAGUCAGUAUCGUCUGUUACCUUCCAGAAUCGGUUUCUAACUGUUCACAGCCUCGAGAGCCCAAUUAUCAAGGUCAUUGACUUCGGCUCUGCGUGCGAUGAACGCCAGACUGUCUACACUUACAUUCAAUCGCGAUUUUACCGAUCCCCAGAAGUACUAUUAGGUCUGCCCUACUCAUCUGCCAUUGACAUGUGGUCUCUUGGGUGUAUCGUGGUGGAACUCUUCCUGGGUCUGCCUCUGUUCCCUGGCUCUUCGGAGUACAAUCAAAUCUGUCGGAUCGUCGAAAUGCUGGGUAUCCCGCCAACAUGGAUGUUGGAGAUGGGCAAGCAGUCGGGAGAGUUUUUCGAAAAGACACAGGACGAGUUCGGACGAAAGACCUACCGCCUCAAGAGCCUGGAGCAGUAUUCCCGAGAACACAACACGAAGGAACAACCGAGCAAGAAGUAUUUCUCAGCCUCGACACUAGAGGAGAUUAUCCGAAGUUACCCAAUGCCUCGGAAGAAUAUGAAGCAAGCAGAGAUUGAUCGAGAACUGAACAAUCGCAUCGCUUUCAUCGACUUUGUGCGGGGACUCCUGUCGACCAAUCCUCUCGAGCGAUGGUCACCACAACAAGCCAAGCUGCACCCGUUUAUCACCCAGCAGAAGUUCACGGGGCCCUUCAUGCCACCAAUGAACCUCAAGUAUUCGACGGCCAAUAAGCCGGCUCCGGGGGUUCAACAACAACAGCAGGCCGAGGCCGCUAGCAAACAAAGAGCAGCUCAGGCGGCGCAUGCGCAAAAUGCCUAUGCCGUGCAGAUGAACCAAUUCCAUACUCCACCUCAGCCCCAGCCGCAAGCCCCGCCCAUGUACAAUGGCAUGUACCAACAAGGUGCGCCGCCUCCUCCGUACCCUACCCAGCAGCCGCCUGGCUACGGUCAUCAAAUGGGAAUGGUGCCAGGCAAUCAGGCACCUCCCCAAAGUCUCUAUGCACAGGCGACCACACGAGCAGGCCGUCAACGAGCGUCCACCAUGGACCCUAACGGAGGAAUCCCGACUACCAUCCAACGAGUUGCUAGCCACCUGGAUCCGAACGCACCGAUUCGAUUGCAGCCCAGCCCUGCGUAUUAUCCACCACCUCCUGACGGGUACGUUGAUGCUAACGGCAGUCAACGGCGUCGUGGCAGCCGAGCGGGUAAUGGGAAUGGGAACCAACGCAACCGGGAUUUCAUUCGCACCCUCGAAGAUGGUGUGCUCAGCGAAGGAUACAUGGGUCAGAAUCAAUGGCAUUAG